GAGCGCGCGGGCCGCGGCGCGGGAGCGGGGGGCCUCGCCGUUCUAAGGAGGAGAGGGGCCAGAGGGGGCCGACGGGCUGGGGGUGCCGCGCUCUCCCCACGGCGCGCAAUCUUUCUGGAAAUUAAUAUUUAAAAACAGCCUAGGACGCAGGGGGGAAGGUGGGGACCGAGGCAAGGCAGGACGCACACGCGCGCACGCAGAAGACAGAGCCCACCGGGAGCGCGAGCGGGCGGCAGCACAGCCGCCGGCGGCCGAUGUGACCCGGACCCGCGCGCCCUCGCCGCUCCGCCCGCCACCUCGAUGUGGUGUCCGCCGCGCUGUCGCCCGCAUCACUAUGAACGCGCAGCUGACCAUGGAGGCGAUCGGCGAGCUGCACGCGGUGAGCCACGAGCCGGUGCCCGCCCCCGCUGACCUGCUGGGCGGCAGUCCCCACGCGCGCGGUUCCGUGGCGCACCGCGGCGGCCACCUGGCCCCCGCGCACCCGCGCUCGCUGGGCAUGGCCACCCUGCUGGACGGCGGCGGCGGCGGCGACUACCACCACCACCCCCGCGGCCCCGAGCACAGCCUGGCCGGGCCCCUGCACCCCACCAUGACCAUGGCCUGCGAGACUCCCCCAGGUAUGAGCAUGCCUACCACCUACACCACGCUGACCCCGCUGCAGCCGCUGCCACCCAUCUCCACCGUGUCGGACAAGUUCCCCCACCAUCACCACCAUCACCACCACCACCACCACCACCCCCCGCACCACCACCAGCGCCUGGCAGGCAACGUGAGUGGCAGCUUCACCCUCAUGCGCGACGAGCGCGGGCUGGCCUCCAUGAAUAACCUCUACACCCCCUACCACAAGGACGUGGCCGGCAUGGGCCAGAGCCUCUCGCCCCUCUCUGGCUCCGGCCUGGGCGGCAUCCACAACUCCCAGCAAGGGCUCCCCCACUACGCCCACCCGGGCGCCGCCAUGCCCGCCGACAAGAUGCUCACCCCCAACGGCUUCGAAGCCCACCAUCCGGCCAUGCUCGGCCGCCACGGGGAGCAGCACCUCACGCCCACCUCGGCCGGCAUGGUGCCUAUCAACGGCCUCCCUCCGCACCAUCCUCACGCCCACCUGAAUGCCCAAGGCCACGGACAGCUCCUGGGCACGGCCCGAGAGCCCAACCCCUCGGUGACCGGCGCGCAAGUCAGCAAUGGAAGUAAUUCAGGACAGAUGGAAGAGAUCAAUACCAAAGAGGUGGCGCAGCGCAUCACUACCGAGCUCAAACGCUACAGCAUUCCCCAGGCCAUCUUUGCUCAGAGGGUGCUCUGCCGCUCCCAGGGGACCCUCUCGGACCUGCUGCGCAACCCCAAACCCUGGAGCAAGCUCAAGUCCGGCCGGGAGACCUUCCGGAGGAUGUGGAAGUGGCUGCAGGAGCCCGAGUUCCAGCGAAUGUCGGCGCUCCGUUUAGCAGCGUGCAAGAGGAAAGAGCAAGAGCACGGAAAGGAUCGAGGCAACACACCCAAAAAGCCCAGGCUGGUCUUCACCGAUGUCCAGCGCCGAACUCUGCACGCGAUAUUCAAGGAGAACAAGCGUCCAUCCAAAGAGCUGCAGAUCACCAUCUCCCAGCAGCUGGGGCUGGAGCUCAGCACAGUGAGCAACUUCUUCAUGAACGCCCGGCGCAGGAGCCUGGACAAGUGGCAGGACGAGGCAGGCGCCAGCUCCGGGGGCUCCUCCUCCUCUAGCACCUGCACCAAAGCGUGAAGGGAGCCACGGACUCAAACCUCGGUGGAAAAGCUUUAACUUUAAAAGAGAAGAUUUUUAAAGACCAGGACCUCGAGAGAGCAGGUUUAUACUCAGAAGUAUUUGAAGAAAAAGAAGUGAUAUUUAUAGUCCAAAGAAACCAAAGACUCAGCUCACCUGACUCUGUUUGGAGACACAUGCUACGGCGGGCGGAGUGGCAACAGGAAGGCCAGGUGGGAUCUCCACCUCUUGCUCCCGCAGCCCACGGCUGUUGUCACCGCACGCACACGGCUGCGGGUGGCUCGGAGCAUCUGAACCCGGGCCACUGAGUGGACAUCGUUAGGAUCAGACUUCCUUGUCUGGUCCCCCAUGCCAUGGAGGUGUCCAGUGUGGCGGCACCAUGUGCAGGUGUGCACACGUGUCCACACUUGCUCACACUCAUGUGCGCCGCUGUGAUGGGGACUCGGGCAGGAUGAGUGGUCAGGAAGGGUCCGGUGACUGGGAGCGUGACAUCGCCCAUCAGGCUAGCCGAGUGUUGGAACCUGCCGGGCAAUGGCCCGGUCGCAGACUCACCCACCAAAGGAGACCUGAACAGCACCCAGACCAGUGCAUUCUCUUUGUUUGUUAAGGAAUGUUCAGAUAUUUUUUAAGAAAUGAAACAAGAGUCCGUCCAUUAAAAAAAAUCACCUAGGUACCAAAGAACACACUUAAUAUUAUAGUGCAGGUAUUUUAUUGCAACAAUUUUAAUAACCAAAGCUAUUUUUACACAAGAGGCUAUGUAAAGUUAUACCUAUGAACUGAUCUAGCUUAAUACAUACUGCAUAGGUUCACUACUGCGAUUCAUGACUCUUGAAGCAUUUGAAAUAUGAGUUUUCAUAACUGGCAAGAAAGAAUGUAGCUUCAGGGAGCCAGAGACUCCAGGCAGCACACCGUGCGGCCAACAGAUGUCACCUGCUUAAACGUGAUAGGUUCUCUCCUCAUGGCUGAGAAAACCCAGGGUACUUCCAAGUAGGACCCCACUUGUACACAGAUCUGUUUAACAAGGCAGGUAACCAAAUUAGAAAAUUGGUUCAAAUUAGCAACAGACCCACCAAUAAGAACUUAAUUUAAUUAGGUUAAUUUAACUUAAAUUUUUCAUGUGUCUGGCGCUUAAAAAUACUUCACAAACGCAGAAUGGCCAGACCAACAUCAUUCUUCAGCUUAAUUGUCCAAGACAGGCAUGGCAGCAUGUCCCUGUAGUCCCCGCUAUUCAGGAGGCUGAGGCAGGAGGACCUCUUGGGCCAGGAGUUCAAGAUCUGCCUAUGUGACCUAGAGAAGAGGCCCGAUCUCUUAAUUAAAUUAAGUUAAAGAUUAAAUUAAAUUAAAAUUAGUUGUUCGCUGUUUUGUAACCAUCCUAAAAAGUAGUCAAACUGAUUUACUGCCAUCCCAGACACUGUGACUGGGACAUUGUAAAACAGCAGGUGCUAACAAGAACUGGCCGAGCUGUGGAACUGCAUGGAGAGAGCUGGAUUCUAGGAAAUGCAGCCCUUGAGUCCCAUCGACAUGGAAGCAGUUUAUUUCCCUCAGCAUAACCCCUAAAGUCUCCUACAUUCUUUCUUGCUAUUGGACGAAGCUGGAAAUUUUAUAACAUAGGUUCCACUCUAACCGAGACAGAUAAAAAGCUAGACCUGAGCUUCCAAAAUACUAAGUUUUAAAUUUCUGUUUCUCCAAAUCACUCAGCUGUAGGGGAGAGGGGUCUAUAAAUCAAGGCAGAAAAGAAAUCAGGCCCUAGUGGUACCCCGUGAGUCCUUGAUUCCCACACACUUCUCUGAGAUCAGCUGAACUACACAUUCCCAGUACUUAGUUACACAUCUCACUAGAACCAGAAAUCCAAAAGUUACAGUAACUUGAUAAGGUAUUUACCGAGAUUCGGUAAAAUGCCCAAGCAAAACCCCAGAUCACCUUACACAACACCUCACUCCUGAAGGCCAGGUGUCCACAUCCACCCAGGACACGCAGGUCGCACCCAGAGGGGAGGCGGACCCGACCAGCCCUCGCAUCGUGCUUCAGAGGAAGCGAGCGCCUGCGCUCCUUUGCCUGCCUACACCUGCGGGCGUUGGUCUUCAUAUUUUUUUAUUUCAUCCAAGACCCCAGCUAAAAUUUUCCCUUCCUAAAUAUGGCACAGCUGUAGUUAGCUAUUAAGAGACUGCUUCAAAGUCCACCCUUCAAGUCCACCCUAAAAAUAGUCUUAUAAUGACCUAACAAGAAAAACAUGAUUAAUUUUCUCUCAGAAUAGAGGGAGCUGAGGGUACAGCUACCUAAUGUAUUUAUAAUUUAGGAGGGAGGAAAGUCUUACUUAUUUAAAAUAUGAGAAUUGCAAACCCAGGGAAAUUCAAACCGUCUGUACACACUCUUUCCUGGCUUUGCCACCCCAGGAAAAACAGAAUGAUUCCAAACAACCUCCAUUUGUUUUCAUUGGACUUCCCCCCAAAUUAAUCUUACCACCUUGUGCAUUUUCAGCCAGUGAUCUUGGUCCUGUGUGGGCACAGUCUAAAAGAAUAUUGCUACAUUUUAAAUACCCCCUGCCGCAAUGGAUUUUUAAAUAACUGGUUUCCCUACUUGCUGACACCAAAGAUGGUUUUCACACCGGCAUUGAAUUUGCACGCUUUCCAAAAUUUCAGGGCCUAGAAAUACACUUUUCUCAUAAACAGAGGCACAACUCGGAGCCUGGGAUCAUUUAUUUUUUACUUGACCACACAGACUUUGCUUUGCAGAAGCCUGGUGGGCAGGCUGGGCCCCCACAGGCAGUGGCCUGCUGGAGCCCUGCGCAGCGGCCUGGGGUGCAGGGCAGAUGCUGCCGGGCCCUGCAGCUCAUCACAGUCCCGCUCUUUACAACUCGCAGCCUGGCAGCGGUGGACUGCCUGUUUGCUCAUCGCUAAUUGUAUAGAACGCACCGGAGAAGGACGCCUCGUGCACCUGGUGACACAUUUGUUAAUUACGAUACAUACCGCGCUUUUUUUUUUUUUUUUUUUGUAGAAUGGAAGUUAGUCUGUUUUUGCCACAAACCAUUCAGGUCUUUUCCUAACAGGAAGCUUUCCUGAAAGAUAGCCAGGAGGGAUGAGGUCUGGACACCCCAGAGGUCUGCAGUUCAGGUGGAGAUCUGGGGAUUGGGCAUGGGUAUCCCAGCCCCUGCACAGACCCCAGAGACCAGAGGAAAUGUGUGGGCAUGUACAGAAGUCCCGCAGGGCUCCCCAGGAACGCAGGAAAGCACCAAGCUGUUCACUCAUUCCACACCCACGGCCACCCCAGGAAGACAGGUCUUUGCAGGUUAAAUGCAAACCGCCAAACCAAAGAGUCCUAGGACAUUUUCCCCAUGCGCUCGCUCCAGGGGCAUUUCCCCUAAACACUGUCCCCUUCUUUUUACAUAAAGGAUGAAAUCUAUGCAUUUAGCAAACAAAGAGAAAGCACUUCUCCCUUUUCUAUCGGGUUGUUUAGGGUGCAUUCAAACCCCAGAGGCUGUUUUGAGAUGCUUCCCCCACCGUCUGGAUGGUUACUGUGGUGUGGUUAGCUUUACAGAACAUUUGGUAACUAUUUCCUAAAUAGUCCAAGGACAAAGAAGCAGAAGGUAAGAAAUAGCUACUUCCACAUGUAAAAAACAAAAAAACAAAAAAAAAUGAAAAAAAUGAAAAAAAGAAAAAAAAAGUAAAGAUCUACUAUUUAUAGUGUGAACCAAAGACGCUACCUCACUCGAUUUCCACUGGUGAUUUUAAUCACACUGAUGAUACCAAAGAAUACCAAAGAUGUUUUCAUGCACGGCCUCGUCUGCAGAGGGACCCGCCCCGCCCAGCCCCGCCCCACCUGCUGUCCCCCCCUCUCAGUGUAAACUCCUCUUCAUUCUUAAUAGAUACGAUCACAACAACACCGUUAGGAAACACGCUCUUACAACUGCUAGCUGUUCUUGUCAAUCUCUAGCAAACGUGUCGCAAACCUGUAACUCUUAGGAUGAGUGCCUUGCUUGAACCAAAGUGUUAAACCGCUGUUAACCUCUCUCUCCUUAUACUCUUUGAAUACCUCAGCCUCUUAGGCCACAAUGAAAAACAAAAAGGAAUAAUUAUUCACCGUGGUGCUUUUUCCAUGCAACCAUGCAAUGAAACUUUCUUUGAUACCAAAGGAUGACUUCCCCCACCCAAUGUUUUGCUGAUAAACCAAAGUUCCUCCUCCUUGUCCCACCCUGGCCUCCUUGGUCCCCGGGUCCCUCGCCAGGCCAGCCGUGUGUCACCUUUACCAAUUCCUCCAAAUACCUCAUAGUAAUAAAGUCUAGGGUUACGUUGUAUAGAGAGUCUAUGUGACAAGGCAGAACUUACUAGUUUGAUAAUUGUUAAGGUUACUUUUAAGAAGAACUUUAGAAUUCUUAUUUAUUUUGUAGUUUGUAUGUUGGAGACACCCCCUCCCCUUCCCUUUUGGUUCGGGGUUUAUUUUCUGGGCUGAACUGCUCUGUUGCUCAAGGAAGACUUAAUUUCUGGAAAUGUCCCCCAGGUGGGCUUAGGGUUGUGUACUAAUGCCAAGAAUGGAAUGAGGGAAGAUUUUCAUUUGGAUGGCUUCUUACAAAGGUUUUGUGUUUUGUAGAAAAUUUGUUUCCACAGGGUAAAAAAAAAAAUCUAUAUAUAUAUAAAUAUAUAUAAUCUUUUUGUGAAACUGGUUCCUAUUUUUCUCUAUGACGUGCUGUGAUUUUUUAAUUUAAUUACAUUUUGUACAAGCUUGUUUAAUCACUGCUUUAAUUUAUGACCGUGUAGUUGGGAAGAUGUAUAUAAUAGAGCGAGACGGCCCCAGCUCCGCGUGGCCGUGGGUUCUGAGUAUGGGCUGAGCUGUGGGCAGGUCUCUCCCCCUGGCCCAGCUCGUCUUUCUGUCACUCGGAAAGGGGAGAGGCGUUAUUCGUGUUUUCCGUUAGGUUAUUAAUUUUUAGGGGAAAAAUGACUUCGGGAGUAAGACCCGAAAUUCCAGAAGAACCGACGUGUUCCUUGUUUGAGAGCCCCGCAUCCCGGAGGUAGAGACUGGUACGUUUUGGUUUUCUGUUAGCCAUUCGCACGGGUAUGAGAAGUAAAGAGACAAGCUAACUUGAACUCGGAAAUCUGCUUGUUACCCCAAGUUUCUGGCAGCUUCCAGGCAGGGCCUGGGGACCCAGCCUCUCUUUGGCAAACCAGAGAACAAGGGACUCGGGCCCUGGGGACGAACUGGGGCUGCAGCUGCGGUGCUGGGCUCCCCUAGCCAAGCCAGCAGCAGAGCAGACUUGUGUGGCCUCAGCCGACCAUUCUGAUUUAAGAGCUUCAGAGCCAUGGCGGUCCCCUCCACUCCCUGCCCACGGCCGCCCCCAACCUCCACACUAGAGCAGUGGCUCGGGCUGGCCGGCGGAGGAGCUGUGGUCUGUCUGUCUGUCUGUCCUCUCCCUGCCCUACCCACUGGAGUUUCCCGGCAGCUCCUGCAUCUGCCUUUUCAGCACACAAAGUUCAGACUCGGUUCCCUUUGCGGAAUCUCUCCCUUCAGGGCAGAUACUUACCCGCUCCUUGCAGAGUUUCGCCUCCUUUUGCAGGUGUGUCUGGAGUGGGGCAGGAGGGGAGGCUUAGAUUUCUGGUCAGAAGCGGCUUCUCCUUAGGAAGAUUCCCCCGUGUGUAUCUGAUGGAUGCUGUGGGGGUGUCCUGACCCCAACAGCAGGCAUCGUGGUCCCAUCCCCUGCGCCUUUGGUACCCAAUGCGGAGCAGCUGUACCCACAAAGCCACCUUUUUGGUUUCUGUGUUCAUCUUGAUUUAUUUUGUGGCAUGGUCUGCAUUUAUUACAUAAUCAUUGUGGGCUCAUUUUAGAUUUGCCACCUGAACCCAGUGACAGGUAUGUUUUAAAAAAAUAAACUUUAAAACUUAUCUUCCUCUUGCUUCGAUAGUGGUCUUCCUACAUUCCUGUGCUUAGCGUCCAGUCCAGAUCACCCCGUCACCCCGGACCUCUCCUUUCUCCUGCCUCAUCUCCAGCACACUUCCAACCUCAGCUGUCAUAUCCGUGUGACUCAGUUUCCCUGUUCAAGUUAGCUUGAUGGUUUUAUGAUGUAAGGAGGGUGCCUAAGACAAUCAUCAGGUAAAAAGUAACGCUAAGAUAAAAUAAAAAAGAUUGGUAGGGUAGAAAAAUCUUCCGAGAGCCAAGGGAGUUCUUCCUUAGCAGUGGAAAAAAAUCGCUGAAUAAUGAAUUAGAAACCUAACCACGAGGGGCUUAGAAGACUUUUGACAAAGGACAAAUGUUGCCGUCGUUUUCUCUGUCGGUUAGUGGUUUCCACAUUUCAGGUGAAAUGAUCUGUGCCCGUUCCGAUCAUCUGCAGAUGCCCUGUCCCUCGUCGAUGCUUCUGUGCGUGGUGUGUAGCCGCGGGGGUGCGGGGCCAGGCACCUCCGGCUUUGUUUCCCGGUAGCUCCUGUACCGCAUCCCGCUUUCCCUCAGUUUUUUGUUUUUAUUUUUGUUUUUGUUUUUAAGCUUCGCUACUGUCCUCGCUUUACGCCGUGCAAUAUCAUCUGCUGUGUUUGCUAAGCAAAAAAAGAAAAAAGACAAAAAAAGCAAGUGAUGACCCAUCAUGCUUUUCAGUGUUAAAAUGUUUCAGCAUUUAUGUAGUCACCGAAAUGUAGUCAAUAAAAUGUUGGAUUUUCCAGCACUUUAAAUUUA